CGGGCCGGGGCUGCCGAGCCUGAGUGGGACUCUGGGCCUCGACCCGAUCCUGGAUGCAGGCACGACAAGCGCCUCUGGAGCCAGGCUGGGCAAGGGGCGCUGGGCUGGGCCGGGGUGGCACCUGGGGGUGCUGGGGCUGAGCUGUGCCCGGCCGGGCCCACGGGCAGGUUUUGGCCCGAGGGUGGCAGCACCCUGGGGACGGGCAGCGAGGCAUCCCUGCUGUGGGAACACAGGCACUGGGAUGUCCUUGCUCUAGGGACAUCCAUGCCCCUGGGUCAACACAGCCCUGGCCCCCAGCCAGCACACUCACCUUGCAGGCGUGCUGCCCAAGCCUGGCGCCAUGGAUGCUCCACCCGUCACACUCGGAGAGCUGCUGUGUCUGGGCUCUAGCCUGGCCUUCUCCGGCCUCUUCUACUACUUGUACAGGAAGAAAGCCAAAGCUGUGGCACGCAUACAGGAGGCCCCAAAGCUCCAAGUUGAUGACGAUUUACCAGCGCUGGUGUCUGCGACUGAUGGGAGGUGCCUGCCGUAUGUUGCCCUGGAAGGCAUAGUGCUGCCAGCCAAGGCUGUGCUGACUAGCCAUUACCAUGAAGGGCUACAGGGUGUGAUUCAGAAACUGCUUCUGAAAGAGCAUCGGCUGAUCUGGAACAGCUUGGCCCGGAGCUGGAAUGAGAGCGAGCGCGUGCUCUCGGAGCAGGUCUACACCGUCCCCUUCCUGCUGGCCUCGCCAGACACCGAGGCAGUGACACAGGUGAGCGUGGAGAGCCCACUCCGAGCUGUCUGCCUGCCACUGGAGACGGUGUACGAGCGGUUCCAGCAGCCUGCCCAUGGCUUCCGUGACCUGCUGGGCCAGUACUUAAGCGGGGAGAAGCCCAAGGGCAUCCUGGAGACAGAGGAGAUGCUGCGGGUGGGGGCCGGGCUGACAGGCAUUGGGGAGCUGGCCCUGCACCCCGAUGGCUCCCUGCACCUCCAGCCAUCCGCCCAGGGGGGCGAGUAUUUCCUGUGCCUGGGGGACUGGCAGACAGUGCUGGCAGAGCUGGAGUCAGCCAGAGGGCUCUGGAAGGGAGCAGCAGUGCUGUGCGCUGUGGCCGGCCUGGCUGUCCUCCUGCACGCCCUGUGCCGUGCCUACCGCCACGCCCAUCUGAAGCAGCAGCCUGAGGACAAGGAACUGGACGGGGAGGAGGCUGGGGAGCUUGAGGACGCCUGUGUCAUCUGCUUGACACGGCCCCGUGAGUGCGUCCUCUUGGGCUGCGGCCACAUCUGCUGCUGCUUCCGCUGCUUCCAGGCCUUGCCUGCCCGCCUCUGCCCCAUCUGCCGGGGGCCCAUUGACCGUGUGGUGCCCCUCUACCAGGCCUGAGGGGAUCUGGGUGGAGGGUGGCCAGGGAGGGGCAGCAUGACCCGAGCCCUGAGCCUGCAGAAAUCCCCUCACGUGCAGCUGAGUGAUUCCUGUUGGAAGAGAAGAGUCUUGGUGUGCCUCUGUUUUUUUAGAGAGGGGGGCAAUUCAAGUGUCCUCAGCCACCCUUUGUCUGCCAGAGGAACCCCCCUCCCCAAACUUGAAGGCUUGGGGAGGCAUAGUCAGUGCCUGAGCUGGGUCUUCAGCCCCACUCCGUGGUGUCCCUCUGGCAAGAGGCUGUUUGACCAGUUCCCUGACCCCUCCCUAAACCACACAGGACUUUUCUCUUCUUCAGCUUUUCCAGUGUGUGGCUGAAUAAGGAGGAUGGCAGGGGCCAGAGCAGGGCUGGCAGGACAGGGUGGGUAGGGUGACAAAGAUCCCAGCUCCCCCUGAGCCACUGCAGUAGUGCACCUUGGUGCUGCUGCCAUUAUCCCCCCCUCCCCAGUCUGUGUGCCUACAGCUGUUGCCCAGACCAUGCAGGGGCACCCAAGGGCUUGCAGUGAUUAAGUAUGUCAGCCAGGGAAGAGGACAGUAUCCCUGGGUCCCACGCCACUGGGUCCCCUCCGUGCUGGAGAGGCAGGACAGCCCUGGGGCCCCCAGCCUUCCUGCCCACCCAGAGCAGGUGCAGAAGCAGCUUGCGAUGGUGUGUGGAGUGAUAAAGCCAAGGAGCUGAGCUCG